AUGAGUAUUUCUCCGAUAAAAUAUGAAUCAAAAAUACUAAGCAAUUUAGCUAAUAUGCUAAAACUAAGCGAAAAAACAGACAAGGAAAUAUUAAGUGAAAUAAAAGAAGAUAGUUCGUCAAUUAAAUUUGAAAUUGAUGAGGAUAUAAAAGAAGUUCUUGAUAUAAAUAAAAUUAAUUGUACAUGUGAAGAAUCUAAAAAAAAAAUAGAAGAAUACAAAGGUAAGAAAUUUGAGUAUUUUUACAAUGUUGAAACAUAUGGAGUAGAUUUUUUUUUAGAUAUUUGCAAUGCUUUAGGAAGGUCAAAUUAUAAACCUUUUUUAACUGAAGAAGGAAAAAAUGAAAUAAUGAAUGGAUUAAGAAUUAGAAGAAAUUCAAAUUUAUAUAAAUAUGUUUCUUUUUUUUUAAGUAAGGAACGAUUAAAUAGAGAUAGAUUAAAUGAUGGAAAGACACCAGAAAAUAUAUAUCAUUGUUUUAGGUGUUUAAAAAGUGUUUUACACAUUUAUGUAGAUGAAAAAAAUAGUUCUGAAAAGAAAAUGUAUUUAAAGGAUAAAUACAUAACUGAAGAAAUGGAAUAUAAAAUAGAAAAUGAAAUGUUAAAAGAAAAAGAAAGUUUUCAAAAGAACGAAGACCAUAGAAAAGGAAUAAUAUCAGUUAGCAAAUAUAAAUUAGAAUUGACUUCUUUAAGUAAAAAAUCGAAUGAAAAAAUUAUGAAAGAUAUUUUUGAACAGACAAAAAAUAUGAGAAUACAGAAAGAGUGCUCGCUAAACAAAAAUCUCAUAAAAAAAAGCAACACAUUCGAAAAUGUUAAUAAUUAUAAUAAAACAAUUUUAUAUGAUAAAUAUAAAUUAAAAAAUAAUAAUGAUAAUAUUUCAAAUUUUUCAAAUGAAAAAAAUGACAAAAGAUCUCAAAGUAUAAACAAAAAAAAAAAAUUAGACUUUCAAAAUAAUGUAUUAAAAAGAAAUUCAUACAAAAAAAACAGCAAUACAUCCACCUAUAUUUAUGAUAAAAACCAAGAGGAACAGCAACAGACUACACCUAAAAAUAGAAAAAAUAGGAAUAGCAAUAAUUCAUUUUUAAAUAAAAACCAAAGCAAUGAAAUAAGCAAAAAUAAUUCAGUUAAUUUAAAAAACAAUAAUGAUAAAAAUGUAAGAAGUAAGACACUAAUUAAAAAAGGAAACAUUAAUAAAUCUAUAGAAAAAAAAAUUGAAAGGGGGAAUGGAAAGGGGAAUAAAACUUCUUAUGAAUUAAAAAAUAAUAUUAUUUCAGACGAAAUAGGAAAAAGUGAAAUGUAUAAUGAAACUGUAAACAGUAGUAUAAUAUCUGAUGGAGUACUAAAUAAUAAAAAAAGUGAAAAUUUUAAAAAUUACAAAAAUGAAAUUGAAAUAAAAAAUAAUAAUAAUAAUUCAAAUGAAGUGGAAUAUCAUCAAAAUUUUGAUGUAAAAUUUAAUAGCACAUCAGAUGAGAUAAAUAAAAAUGGAAGCAUAGCAAAAGAACUAAAAAGUAAAGAUACAUUAUCUGAUGAAGUAAAAAAAAAUAGUAUAAAAAAAGAGAUAAAAAAAAGUAAUAAUUCAUAUGAAGAGGAAAAAGAAAAAAUCGUUUCAGAAAGUUAUAAUGAAGAAGAAUAUGGUUACAACGAAAGCGAUGAUACAUCUUACUCUACAGAUGAUUCCAAUUACAUGAAAUAUUUAAGAAAAAAAAAAAAAUUACAAGAACAAGGAAAAAUUGUUAUUGAUUUAGAUUUAUUACAUGGAAACUCUAUAAAAUAUACUAACAAACAAAAUAAAGAAGAAAAAUUCCAAGAUAAAUUAAGAAUGGGAGAAUUAAAAAAAAUAUUAGAAGAAAAAAAAAUGGUGUUUUGUAAAAUAGAAGAUAUUGCAAAAAAAAGAAAUAAAAGAUAUGUAAAAACACAAGUGUUAUCUGAAGAUUCAAAAAUUGAAAGAGUAUAUUUUAGUCAUAAAAUGAAAAAAUUUUAUAAUUCUAAGUCAGGAUAUUUUGGUUGUGGUUGGUCAAAUAAUAAAAUGGAAUGGACUCCUUUUAUUCAUGCACCUUUUUUUGAUAAUCAACAUAAUGCAAUAUAUAAAAAUAGAAAUAAAAAAUUAUAUGAAGAAAUAUAUGAUACUUUAUUGCAUGGUCGAAUACAUCCAGAUAUAAGAAUAGUGGAGUUAAAAGAUCAUAAACAUCCAAUAAGACUAUGCACCCCAUAUAAUGAAGAUUGCUAUUCUAUUGUGUAUACAGGAAAGAAAAUAAACUCAACGGAUGAUAGAAUAAUAUUUGGUGAAUAUACUGGUUUUGUUGCUAAUAAUAGAGAAUUAUCACAAGAAAAGCAUCAAUAUAUGUUUGCUUUAACUUUCAAUAAAAAAGUAUUUAAUGAUAAAAAAAAUGUUGUUUUUAUUAAUGAAAUAGAAUCAGAUGAGGAAGAUAAUGAUGACAGCAAUACAGUAAAUUCAUUAAAUAAUAAUAUGAAUAAUAAUGAAUUGAGUGAAAAAUUAACAAAUAAAAUGAAAAAAAAUGUAAAAGGUAAAUCAUUUUCUAAUUUAAUUAAUUCUCGAAAUCAUAACUCCUCAAAUAAUAUUCAUAAAGUAAAAAAAUCAAAAAAUUUAAACAAUUUAAUUAUACUACCAGAUAAUUACACAUAUGCUGUUGAUUCCUCUUAUAUGUUUAACGAAAUGUCAUUAGUUAAUCAUUACAAGACUUGUAGCAUAUUUAAUAAUUAUGAUUUCAGGAUAAAUGCCGAAUGGCAAUUGGUUUAUCUUGAUGGAUGGCCUCAUAUUAUUUUAACUUCUAUCCCAGGUAUAGAAAUUAACCCAGGAGAAGAAAUUUUUGCUGAUUUUGGUUUUGAAUGGUUUGAAAGAGUUAAUGAUACAUGUUUAAAUGAAUUUAUUAAAAAUAAUUUCGAGCAUAGAUUAAACAAAUUAAACUUAAGUAAAGAUAAAUUAUUUAUUGGAUUAGAUGAUAUUGUAGAAAAAUACAAUUUAUUAAAAAAUAAUACCACAUGUAAUAUUUGUAUGCAUAAUAUUAAUACUGAUGGAAAUAAUUUUAUUAUGUGUUCAGGGUGUAAUAGUAUUUAUCAUCUAAAAUGUGUUCAUAAAUUAAACGAAGAAGUUAAUGAAAAUUAUGAUUGGUUUUGUUCUAGCUGUAUUCAAUUUUGCCUGAAUUUAAUUAAUCAAAAGGAAUUUUUAAAUUAUAUUGAAAAAGAAAAUCAAAAAAAAUUGAUUGAUCUAUUUAAUGAUGUACAAAUAGAUAAUUUGAAGGAAUAUAACAAGUCUUUAAGUAAUAGCACCUUUGAUAAAACUACAUUCGUUGAAUCUCAAAAUGAUGGCAUUGAUAAUGUACAUAAAUGUUAUGAAAAUAUAAGAAAAUUAUUGCAAAGCAAAGAAAAUAUAAAUGAUUUGGAAAAAAAUAAAGAAAUAUUGGAUGAUAUAUUAGAGAAAAAAGAAAGUGAAAAUAAUUUGUCAGAAAAUAAAGAAAAUGAAGACAAUUUUUUAAAAAAUGAAAGAGGUAAUAAUUUAUUAUUAAAUAACUUUGAAAUUCAAUUACUAGUUUAUUAUAAAAAAAAAAUUAAUGAUUUAUUGGUAAUUAGAGAAAAAAUUGAUUUCUUUUUAAAUAGUGACAAUUACAAGAGUACCUUGAAAAUGAGAAAAGGAACAUUAAAUUUUCUAUUACAAAAUAAAAAAUGUAUUGAAGAUUUUAUAAAAAUAAAUGAGAAUAUUAAUGAUUUGCUAAAGAAAAAAGAAAAAAAUUCUAAUUUUGUAAAAGAAGAGAAUGAACAAAAAUUAAAAAAAAAGAACAGUGAUAACUUAGUAGAUGAUUCAAGUUGUAAUUUGCUAACAAAAGAUAAAAAGGAAAAUACUCUGAGAGAAGAAAAGUUAUCUUUUGAGAAAUCUGGGAAUGAUACUAGUGAAAUAGAUUCUAAUUUUUCAAAUACAUAUGAAAAAAUAUUAUACAAAAAGUCAAAUAACAUUGUUAAAAAUUUAAAAGAAAUGAGAAAAAAAGAUAAAAAUAAUAAUGUAUGUUGUAAUUAUAUGAUGAAAUUAAGUAAAAAAUAUAUAGGAUUUCCUCUAAUAAAAGAUUUUGAAAAAGGAAUAAGCACUAAUCAACCAUCUCUUCCCUUAAAUGAUCAUUUAAAGAAAUUGUCAGUCUGUUCUAGUUGUUAUAAUAAGCAUCAUGAUUUGGCAAAGGCAAUUAUAUGUCGAGUAACAAAAAUGCAUUUUCAUUCUAAUUAUAAUGAUUGUCUAACUGAUGAGGAUUUAUUCAAAUCAUCAAGUGAAUGCAUCCAAUCAGUUAUAAGGGAACUAGCAAAUACUAUAAAAGAAUAUAGGAAAAAAGAAUUAAAUGGUGCAUAUUUAAACAUAAUAAAAAGUGAUAAUUCUAUAAUUGAAAAUGAUAAAAAUAUGAAUUUAGAAAUAAAUUUUAGUAAUAUUUCUCCAUUCGAAGUAAAGAACGAUAGUUUCAAUAAAUUGGAAAAGGAUGAUAAAUCUUUUUAUGAAAUAAAAGGAUCAUUAAAUAAAGAAAAUCAUCAUACAAAUGAUAAAAUUUUUAAAGAAAAUAAAAAUUCAUUAAGUAUAGAGAAAAAGAAAAAUAUCGAUAAUUAUGACAGAAAAAAAGAAAAGAAUACAUUACAUAAUAAUUUAAGUGAAACAGUUAAUAAUAAAGAGAAUUUCAACACAAACAAUUCUAAUAAACGUAAGCAUAACAGUGAUAUUGAAUUAACUAAAAUUAAUCAGGAAAAAGAAUACUUGAAAAGUGAAAAUAAUGAUUUACAUAAGAAUAAAAAAUCUCCUCAAAAUGAAGUAAAUGAUUCUAGCAUAAUAAAAAAUAAUAAUAUUAAAAAUAAAAGUCCUCAUAAAAAUGAAACUUUAAAAAGUGAAAAAUUUUCAAAUGUAAAUUUAAAUAAUACAAAAGAAAUAUUAGGUAAAGAAGUGAAUAAUUUCAAUUCCUUGAUAAAUAAUAAUAAAGUAAGUAAUUUUGUUCCCCUUUUUGGUAUAGAAUUAGGAAAAACUAAAUUUCAAAGAGAAUUUACAAAUGGAACUUUCGUUGGUACUGUUACUAAGCAUAUAAAAGAUGAAGAUAAUAAUAAUUUUUUUGUUAUAACUUAUGAGGAUGGUGACGUUGAGUGGAUAACUCCGUGCUUUUUAUUUCAAGAACUUUUAAAACAGUCAACAAACAAUAUUGAAUAUCCUUUAGCUAGUAGCUUUAAGGAUUUGUUUCAUCAAGAUUUUAAAAAAGAUAUAAAACUUAACAACUGUUCCUUAGAAUUAAAAAUUGAAAAAAGAAAAAGAAAGAGUAAUUGUGAAUAUAAUUGUAACAACAAUAGUAUUACUAAAAGACAGAAGAAUAUGCAUGAAGAAAAUUCAUUGAGAAAUAAAAAAAACACAGAAUAUGACUUAAGCGUGUCUAAAAGAAGCGUUAAUAAAUUAAAAAAUUCUGAAGCUAGUGAUUCAAUUGGGAAAAAAAAAAAAUAG